AUGGGUUCCAAACUCGAGAGUGCAAUGGAGGGGCUAAUUCGAGUGUUCCACUCAUACUCCUCAAAAGAAGGGGACAAGUACAAGCUGAGCAAAGUUGAGCUGAAGAAUCUGUUGCAGGGCGAACUGAGUGACUUCCUGGCGGUGAGUUUGAUUCUUAAUGCUGUCCAGGGGAGGGAUAUGUGGUUUCAAUAUUAUAUUUUCUUCAAUUCCAUUUUUAUGUACAUAAACAAAAUGAAAACUGCCCCAAAGCAAUUCAUAAAGGCCAGCAUUGGAGCAGUCUUGAUUUAUUGAACAGUUGUGGGACCCAUCACCUUCAAGACAUAUUGUACUAUGGCCUGGCCUAGAAACUACGCUUAUCACCUAGGCAUUUCAUAGAUCUGAAAUGAUUUGAUGGGUAUAACAAUAUGGCAGGAGAUCGAUCUUUCCAUCUGAUUGGCUUUGUGCAAUUUUCUGCGUAUUGCCUAUUCCAAUUCUUUCAUAUCUACAAAUGUUCAGAGAGUCAUGCGGCCGUUUCUGGUCUGGGCCUACAUUUCAAUGCAUGAACCAUUUCUACUCCUCUCCCUCAGGCAAGUAAGGACCCUAUGGUAGUAGAGAAGAUCAUGAGUGAUCUGGAUGAAAACAAAGAUGGCGAAGUGGACUUUCAGGAGUUUGUCAUCUUGGUUGCUGCGCUGACGGUGGCCUGUAACGAGUUCUUUGUAGAGAGCCUGAAUGAAUGA